GAAGUAGCAUAUUGAAAUUGGUAGCAAUAUAUUUUUUUAUUCACUCUCAUUUUUUUUAUUGAAUUUUUUUUUUUUUAAAUAUAUCUUUUCUUUUCUUAGCUUUUUUUUUUUAAACAUAUCUUCUUUUCUUUUUACCUUUAUAUAUUUUUUACAUUUUUUUUUUCUUUUUAUAAAUCUUCAUUUCUACGAGUUUCAUUUGAUUUUAAUUUUUUGACCUUUAAAAUUGUUGAAUUAUUGCGCAUAUAUUUUGUAUACCUUGGUUUUUUAUUUUUUCUUCAUUUUUAAAAAAAUAAGAAAAACUGUGACAACAAAAGGAUAAAGCAGAAGGAGAUAUCCAUGUAUAGUACAUACUUAUGUAUAUAAACGUGUAUGUAUAAUUACGUACAGAGAGUGUAUACAUACGAGUAUAAGUACAAGCACGUAUACAGUAUAAGGAGAAAGGUAUACAUUUAUAUAUAUGUACAAUUGAAGAUAGCCAUUUUUGCAAAGCUCCAUCAUUAUCAUCAUCUCCCCCCUACCACCAUCUGUGAUCUCCCUCGAACCUGAGAAAACAAGUAUCCUUAGUGUACUUUGUUUUUAAGAUGUAAAAUGGUGGAUUCACCACCCAAAAAAAGAGCAUUGAAUACUACUGACGAUAAAAAAGAAAAAAAAAACAUGGUUAGCAAAAAAAGUAACCCAGCCGAAGCUGCUGAAAACGUCGAGGAAAGUCUGGAUAACGUAACUGGGGACAAGAAGAGUGAAGCUUUGAAAAAGGAUAAAAGAAAAAAAAAAGAAAAAAAGAACAAAGAAAAUGACAUUGAUAAAAUUAAUGACGAAGAGGAAGAAGAUGAAGGAAAUGAUGAGGAAAAUUUAAAAAAAUUCGCAGUCGACACGAGUGAAAAUGACGAUGAUAAGGAGGAGGACGAAGAUGAGGAUGACGAUGAAGACGACGAUGAUGAUGAGGACGAUGAGGAUGACGACGAUGAUGACGAUGAUGAUGACGAUGAUGAUGAUGAUGAUGACGAUGAUGACGACGAUGACGACGAUGAUGACGACGAUGACGACGAGGAAGAGGAUGACGAUGAAGAGGAGGAGGAUGAUGAGGACGAUGAUGACGAGGAAGACGAUGAUGACGACGAUGACGAUGAUGAUGAGGAUUUUGAGGAUAUGGAUGAUGAUGACGACGAAGAUGACGAAGAUGAUGAUGACGACGAUGAGGACGAGGAUGAAGACGAUGAGGAUGAGGAGGAUGAGGACGAGGAAGACGUGGGCGGAGACUCCAAAAAGGAGGGUGAAUCGCACACGAAGAAGGACAGCGACGAGGAGGCAUUCGACUAAGAGGGGGUAUGUGCCUCAGCGCGCGCAGCAAAAUGUGCAGCAAAACGCGCAGCAAAGUGCUCAGCAAACUGCGCAUCCAACUGUGUAGCAUACGCAGCAACGUGUGCGCAACUCGUGCCUCAGCACGCACAUCAACGUGCGCAUCAACGUUCACAGCAACGUUCGCGGCAACGUUCGCAGCCAUCUGUAUAUUAAUACACAUAUCAACAUAUGUACACUUUUUUUAAAUUAAAGAAGAGAGGGAUUACGAAAGAAGGAAUAUUUCAACGGCCCACAGCCUACUGUUCAACAUUUUUAUAAAUGAGGAUGUAAAUAAUAUACCACCAUGUUUCUUUAAAUCAUAUCUCAAAGUUUUUAAAUACUCAUUUGUGUAUUUUAUGUGUUAUCCAAUUACAUUAUAAAAAUUAUAUAUAUAGAUAUGUACACACAUACAUACAUACACACACGUAUACGCACAUAUACAUAAUAUGUACAUAUAUAUAAAACACUUGUUGUAUAUGUAUUGUACCUAUAUAUAUUUUUUUUUCUGAAAACAGUUGUUCUGCCUUUUAUUUUUUUAUGUUACAAUUUGAACAUUUAAAAUAUUUUACAUGUAUACCACAAAAGU